CUCAAUACUAGUAGUAUCAAAACAAAUCUUUGAAUCCAAAGAAUCAGUUACUGGCUAUAUAUUUAUAGUAAUAAAAAACGUGGGGCGCCCAUGUAAUUUAUUAGCCCCGGCCCAAUCGUUAAACCCAAAGACAAGGAUUUUCUUCGCCGGCGCCGGCGGUUCAACACAUCUGAAUCGGAGACAGCAUCUAGAAUUAGGUUUGUUCUGUGUUGUUGUAAAAGUUUGGUUAUGAAAUAAGGUGGAAAUGGAGAGAGUGUUUAGUAAGCUUCGAAAUUUGGACGCUUACCCUAAAAUCAAUGAGGAUUUCUAUAACCGUACCCUUUCCGGUGGUAUUGUUACCCUUGUCGCCUCCCUUAUUAUGCUUGUUCUCUUCGUCAAUGAGUUAGGAUUAUAUAUCCACAGUUAUACUGAAACACAGCUUGUAGUAGAUACUUCAAGGGGAGGAAAAUUACAUAUACACUUUGAUAUCACUUUUCCAGCUGUUCCAUGUUCAGUGCUCAGUCUUGAUGCCAGGGAUAUUAGUGGAGAAGAACAUUUUGACAUACGACAUGAUAUAUUCAAAAAGAGGAUUGACUCCCAUGGUUCUGUUAUUGAAGUGAAACAAGAUGGAAUUGGUGCUCCUAAGAUUGAGAGGCCUUUACAGAGACAUGGUGGCAGACUUGAGCACAAUGAAACAUACUGUGGGUCAUGCUUUGGUGCAGAAACGGCAGAUGAUCAAUGUUGUAAUUCAUGUGAAGAAGUUCGUGAAGCAUAUCGAAAGAGAGGCUGGGGGAUGACAAAUCCAGAUUUAAUCGACCAGUGUAAAAGGGAAGGUUUUGUCCAAAAGAUCAAGGAUGAAGAAGGUGAAGGAUGUAACAUCCAUGGAUCUCUAGAGGUUAAUAAAGUGGCUGGAAAUUUUCACUUUGCCGCUGGCAAAAGCUUUCACCAGUCAAGCUUUCAACUCUUCGAAUUGAUUUCCUUACAAUCGGAUACUUAUAAUAUAAGUCACAGGGUAAAUAAGUUAGCAUUUGGUGAGUCUAUUCCUGGAGUUGUAAAUCCACUUGAUGGGGUUCAAUGGACGCAGGAAGCACAGAGUGGAGUGUAUCAAUACUUUCUCAAAGUGGUCCCUACAAUAUAUAAAGGUUAUAGAGGCCGUACUAUUGAUUCUAAUCAGUUCUCAGUGACUGAGCAUUUCAAGAGUUCAGAAAUGGGUCUUUUCCAAUCAAUUACAGGAGUUUACUUCUUUUAUGAUCUCUCUCCAAUCAAGGUGACUUUCACGGAGGAGCAUGUGUCGUUCCUUCAUUUCCUCACCAAUGUUUGUGCAAUUAUUGGAGGUGUCUUCACAGUUGCUGGAAUAGUAGAUGCAUUUAUUUACCACAGUCAAAAGGCCAUAAAGAAGAAAGUGGAACUCGGGAAGUUCGGUUAAUGACACUACUGCAAGCUAGUGCUUCAUCAUAGUACUGGAUGCUUGUUCAUUUCUCCCUGUUUUGGCCCUUCUGAUGGUUUUCCUUUGGUUAUUUAUUAUGUAUAAGCCUUCCAACAAAAAGGAAGACAUAUGCAUCAGUUCAUAGGGUAAAAUACAUUCAGAAGGGCAGACCUCCACAACCCACAGAAUAUGACUAACUUCUCUAAUUCCUGCUUCAUUUCAUUCUCAUUUUGCUCCACAUUUCGCCUGUAAGUUAGAUGAUUUUGGGUCUUGUUCAAAGGAGAGAAAUGAUCUUUUCUAUAGCUUGGGUUGCAUGUGACAUGCUGAGUGCUUCCCCAGGAACAGAGUAAAUUGUAAUUUUGUGUGUUACGAAUUGACUUGUGCCAGUGGACCACCACAUUGAUUGUAUACUUUAAGAUGACAAAACAUUAGCCUGAAUGUUAGCUGCGUUAUAGGGCCA